AUCAAAACAAGUUUGCUGUAAACUGUGUUUUAUGAGCUGCGACAUUGCCUAUUGCUGUGAACUAUGUGAUUUCCACUUGGACAUUGCCCGUGUAUAUUUAAGACUUACAGUAAAAUAUGAUGGUCAUGUUCACCUUCUUACUGUUGUGGAGAACAUACAUCUUGAACGAACAUGCGACACUUGUGAUUCACCCUGCCCUGCCGGCUCAUCUACUUUGCGUUGUUGGGAAUGCAAUUUUAAUCUACAUAUCAUGUGCGGUCCUUUACCUUGCACUAUUAAACAUAAAUGUCAUAUAGAUCAGUUGACCCUCAAGGAUUUUUAUGCUGGUUAUAAUGAUGAUGAUGAUGAUGAUGAUGAUGAUGAGUUCUAUUGUGAUGCUUGUGAGCAACGAAGCGAUCCAAGACUUUGUGUUCAUUAUUGUGCACUAGGCUGCCCAAUGGUUGUAGAUGUUAAGUGUGUAAUUUCUGAGGUUAUAGCAUCAGUAAGGGGAGAGCGUGGGAGAUGUGGAAUUGAGACUUGUGAAUGAUUUUAUCAGAAAAAAAUUUGCAGCACAAGCGAUGGAGAAGAAUGAUGUUGCAAAAAGAGAGGAAAAGGUAGAAUUCAAGUUUUUGCAGUCCUGGAAGGAAAUAUUUCACUCUUUAGAAAGUGAGAUACGAGAAAUUAAAGAUAUUAAAGCAAGUCUACCAAGAGAACUAAACAGCGAAGAGCCAUCACUUAGAAACAGGAAAAGAGACGCUACUUCUAUAUAUACAGAGAAAGCCUUCACAGAAUUCAUGCAUAGUCUCCAAUCUUGCUGCAUUAUAAUUUGGCAACCAAGUCAUUAUUUGGAAAGAGAACGCGAUAUAGUCGCUGAUAAAAUGCUAUUAAGAUUGAACUCUGAUAUUGUAGAUUUGAUUGUAGGGGUUGAUGAUUUUGUUGCUGUUAGAGACUAUUUUAUCCCUCAGAUUUACAUUACCAUUUUUGAAAAAUUGGAAGCCAAAUAUGGAGAUAUCGGUGCCCAUUCCACAUUAAGUCCAAAAGUGAAGUCAUUAGUUCUUAACAUUGUCUGUAGUGUUAUACUGGACUUGCGUGGAACUAAGGUUGUAGAUAUCAGUGAAGAUGAACUUUGCCUGUGGUGGAGAUGUAUAAACUGGGUUAAGCUUGCUGGCUUCGACGUAGACUUCAUUUGUGAUCAUUUAACGCGGAUUGCGCACGCCUAUUUUGGUCUGCAAGCUAGAAAGUUCAUGAAUGAUACUAGAGUUAAACAGGAUAAAGGAAUUGAAAGGCUAUCUAGAAAGAUAUUGCAACUGACAGAAGAAUCAAGAACAACUAAACUCAAGUUAGAAGUAAUCAAGAAACGACAAGAAGAUCAUCAAGUGUAUGUGAAACAUACAACGAUGUUAAUCAAACCAUUUCUUGAUGAAGCUUCAGAAAUGAAAUGGAAACCUGCUGCUGAUGGUUUGCUGUAAUUAGUUAAUGUGAAAUGCAGAUAAAAAGAAUAAAUUAUUGGUA